UCAGCUCCUUCCUCCUCUCCUUCAUCUCCUCCUCCCUCCUUCAGCUGAUCUGUAAACAUGAGCAUUGAAAUAACAAGCGGAUGCACAGAGAGCCCGGGUUCCCCCCUCCCUCCGUCGCACGGUAAUUGUCCCCUCAGUGAGUCAGGCAGGCUGAGGCCUACACAUGUGUGCCGCCGUGGGCAUUUGUUCCAGCACCCAACCACAUUGUAAUGUGAGCCUGCCGGGCCAAGCCCACUGUAUUUUGGGAUGUUUUACUCUGGGUCGGACAAAGACACGUUUACAGGCAGGAGCCGAGGCUGAGCAGAUGUUUCUGUGCUGGGGGAGCGGGAAGGAAAGAGAGGGAAAGAUGAGGAUAAGAAACAAUGCUGAUUCUGUACAAGGAGCACACUGAAGAUAUGGCUGAAGAUGUCAGAAAACAGUGACAACUCCUGUGUUCUCCUGUCUGCCAAAGACUCCAGGGCUUCCUGCAUUUUCCCAGCUACAGAGGAGAAAGAUAAUAUCCCAAAAUCGGGGGAUGAUAGUGUUCUGGAGAUGUUGAGCUUUUCCAAAUUCUCGGACCUGGAGACAUGGCUGUGUAUGCCAUCCGAUUUGCUCCUGCCCAGAUCUCUGGACUCCAGCCUGACUUCUUCCCAAUCCUUGUCCUCCUCCCAUGUGUCUAUCCACUCCUCUUACUUGCCAGCAAUGUCAUCUCCCUCUCCAGCAUCCAGCUUGCGCCUCUCCACUUGCAGUGAGCCAGGAGACACCGAUAAGCUCUUUAGAGAAUACACUUUCCUCUCCUCUUCUGUUGGGAAGGAAGACAUGUUUCUCUCCACACCCUUUCUGCCCAACAUGUCUUCCACACCCUCUGCUGUUUCAGAGCAAAGCUCAAAACCUUCAGCCCCAGAUUCCACCUCCCGGAGCAGCGUAAUCAUCAAGAAACGGCGCCGGCUUGCUGCGAGCCCUGGAGGACUUCACUGGAACUCUGCAGGUUCGCUGCAGCGUGCUUUCAGCUCCGCCGAUCCAUUUCCAUCAGAGGCAGGAGUUGGAGCCAAACGACCAGGGUGUAAAAUGAGGGCCCUUCCCAUUCGUGGUGUAGGCGGAGCCACACCUGAAUGGGCUGGUGAGAAACCAGUGCUGACGAAGAGCAUCUCAUGUGAUGGAGCCCAGCUGAAGCUGCUAAGCCGGCUGGACCGAGGCUGCCGGAAGCUGCGGGGCAUCCAGAGCCUGGGAACAACGGGAAGAUACGACUGCAAGAAAAGCUGGAAAGCAGAUUUCUCCAGCUGA